AUGCCUCAGAAUUUAUGGAUUUUGGAGGACGUUUGGGAUGCUUGGAUGCAAGACGUGACUAGACAGUUUAAACUCCGAAGGGCGAUACGUGCAGGCGAAUGGGUAAUUUUCCAAAAGUACUCUGUUUUCCCUCCCCUUCCCCUUCCACUUCUCCCGAGAUUGAAAUCUCUGGUGUGGAAGGAUAACCUCGAGGAGACACGCCCCCUCAUUCGUUUUCUUCUCGGGCCCUCGCUCACUUCCGUCUACUUGAACAUGGCCCCUCGUCCUGUCUUAGAAAGAGUCACUUUUAUUCACGCGCUCACAUGUAUCGCCAUGGAUGUGUCCACAGAUCAAAUCCCUCUUUCUUGCGGAAAUAGAUUGGCGCACCAAGGCUAUGGAGAUGGCUUCUCAUUUGGUGCCUAA